CAAUAUUAAUGUCCACGCGUCGACCUUCAGCGUGGAAGUAAAAGAUAAGAGAACAUAGAUCCCGACAAGCACACAGAUCAACGCUUCCAAUUCUCACCAUAAUGAAGGCUUUCCUUGUCAUUUUUACCAUUGGAGUUGUCAGCGCUCAGCAUGGCCAUCAUGGCGGGAACUACCACCCGGACUCCCAGACCCACAUCGACACGGAAAUCCAGAACCUCGACGCCCACUUCGGGAAACAUCAGUGUCUGGACCUCCUAAUGGUCGACUGUCAACAUCACGUGACCAACGGAGACGAGAUGGUCUGUGGGAGUGACGGAGUGACUUAUCCCAACCACUGUAAGUUUGUGCACGCCGUUUGUAUGUACACCGAUUUGACUGCCGCUUACACUGGACAGUGUACCUCCACAACCAUGGCAAUGACGACAGUAGGCAACGCUGCCGGAAGCACGAUGCCCGGAAGUGUUGCAACUGGAGGUUCCGGAACCACUGGGACUACACCACCACCUACCACCACGCUGAGUCCGGAACAAAUCGCCUUCCAGAACGUAUUCUGUCACAACAAGGACUCCAUAAACUGUCCCGCUGUCGUCACACCCCUCUGUGGCUCUGACGGAGUCAUCUACAACAGCAGCUGUCACGUGUCCAAGGCCCGCUGUGACAACCCCAAUCUUCAGACAGUGGACGGCAGCAAGUGUGGACUAACCACGCCAGUCUCGGUGGCCCCCGUUGUAGGAUAGACAAAAUAAACACGAAUUCCACA